UGUUUGGACUAUUGUUGACGAACGGAACGUCUGCUCCUCAAAAAUACUUUUGCCCGUUGAGGAAAAGUUUUCUCGUCACGAUUUGUUGUCUACACCAUGGCGUUCACUUUUGCGGCUUUUUCGUACAUCUGUGCUCUCGUCCUCGAUGCUUUCCUCAUCUUUUUUUCUAUAUUUCACAUAAUUGCUUUCGAUGAGUUAAAAACAGAUUACAAAAAUCCAAUUGAUCAGUGCAGCAGUUUGAACCCGCUAGUUUUACCUGAAUAUUUCAUCCAUAUAUUCUUCAAUUUGAUGUUUCUCUUUGCUGGAGAGUGGUUCACACUCAUGUUCAAUAUUCCCUUGAUCGCCUACCACAUCCAUCGGUACUUAAAUAGACCUGUGAUGACUGGGGCUGGUUUAUAUGACCCAACAAACAUCAUGAAUCAAGAUGUACUAUCCAAAUGUCAACGGGAAGGCUGGAUUAAGUUGGCAUUCUACUUAUUAUCUUUCUUCUUCUACCUCUAUGGGAUGAUCCGUUCGCUUAUUUCUUCAUGAUCGUCUCAAACUAUGGCGAGGACAAUCCCAACUGUUUAGCUACAAGUCCUAAUGAGUUUUUUUUUGUAUUACCGACAGUUCUACGUGCGUUUGAGUUAUUUGAUCAAAAUUUUCUUUGCCACUUAGGUUGUUCGAUUUUCUUUGCCCUACGGCGUCAGCGAAAUGUUUUUGACUGUCUAAUCAUUCUUGAAUUGUGUUUUUGCUGGUAUUUCCCACUGCUCUUAAUAAUAAACUUCAUUUGACGGACAAAACGUCAGUUACCUAAA